GUACACGUGAGUGUUAAACUGCUUCAUUUCCGUGUUCCAUUUUGGAAUUCAUUUCCUCAUAGUGGCUUGGUUUAUGCAUGCAGCAACAGAUGACCCGCCUGUGCACUGUUUCGUGUUAGCUACAUCUGUACGGACAUUUGUCUCAGCAAAACAUGGGGAAUGUGCCACGUUUCGUCAAGUCCGCUGACAGUAGUUCUGAAGGUGACACCAAGGGUCAGUGCGCUGCCGACGCGUCGACUGGGUCCCCUAUCUAUGCUGUCCCCAAUGAUUUAAUACCGACAAUCUUGCAGCAUCUCAGUGCUGCUGAUCUGUGUCACGUGGCAUCAUGCUGCCGUUGGCUACGCAUAUUAGCCAAUCAGGAUUCUCUCUGGCGCCCUCUUUGUCAAAGCAGAGGAUGGGAGCACUACGGCACCACCACGGACUUGGCCAAGAUAGCUUCCUACGGACCCUCCAAGCAAGCAACUGGCGCUACAAGAUCAGGUCACUACAGCGUCACCUUCCAGAAUGAUAGGAUCGUGACUGAUGACAACACAGCGGGUUUAACCAGCACUUGCAGGUGGAAAGACGUCUACAUGAGAGCUUAUCAUUUGGAUAGAAACUGGGCUACAAAUCAUUCUCAUGAAUGUAAGAUUAAAUUCAACUACUAUUCUCGUCCCGAUUUUUUUGUCGAUGGUGAUCUCCUAGCAAUCCACAACGGUUUCAGCGAAGUCCGUGUCUAUGACAUUCGGAAACAGACCCGUCUGUGUGUUAUUCCGUGUGAGAAUUCGGCGAACAGUAUCAAGCUCAAAGAUGGCGUACUUGUGGUGCCUUUUAGGGAUGGAAGGGCCCAUGCAUUUGAUGCAAGGACAGGUAAAACACUACAAAAGAUAAAAGGAAACUGGGUCUAUGGGCAGAUGUUACUGUUUUUUGAUGGUGAGGUGGUCAUCAUUAUCCCAAGGGAUGAUAAUUACUUAAGGAACUACGUUGAGAGGUUGCGGGACAUUUACGUGUGGUCUGUCAAAGACGGCAAACCUCAAUGCAUCUUAACUCUUGAUCCGGCAGACAGGGUUAACAAGUUUUACGGCGUGGACUAUCGGGACAAGAUGGUAGCGGCUGUCUACGAUGAUGACUACAUUCGCGUGUGGGAUGCGAGGAGCGGACAGUGUUUGCAUAAACUAACAUGUCCAGGGGAAAUGUCAAAAGUUCAACUCGGCGAUAAUGUUAUCGUUGGUUUCGGCACGAAGGGCGACAUGUGCGUUAUUAGUAUUUGGAGCCAAGACACGGGAGAGUGCCAAAAGGUGAUACACGUAGACCAACCCUACGCUUAUAAUGAAGAGAUCGUGAAUAAUUUGAUAAUACUAGAUUGUAGGACCAAAUAUGGUGAUAGACACACUCGUUCUGCUUAUGCUUUCAAUCUGCGUGGAGAAUUAGUAACGGAAGAGAUGCGUCGUACCCUUGUGAAAGUGAACGGAAACGGAAGCAAACUCCUCUUCCACCUACCAAACGAUCCGGUGGAAGGGAGUCGGGAAACAUGGAAAGGGGUCAUCUUCAACGCCACCCCAAAUGGCUUGGUACGACUCUUUGAUGUUGGUUCUGCAAAGAUCGUGUGGAUGGACGAAAUCAGAAUGAUCCUCUAUGACGAUGACAAACACAGAAUUAUUAUCCAUAAUUACUGGUAAAUAUUAGUGGUAACAGGUAACCAAUUCACGAAGUCAAGUUACAACUUUCCUGAACUUUAGGCCUAACUGAGUAAACAGCGAUGGGAAAAUGUUGACUAGAGGACAAACACGGUUAUUUAACACUUUUUUUCUCUUCAAGCCCAGAUCUGCCAUUUCCGUUCCAUAGGGCACGCCAAUAUUUCUAAUAUUCCUUGAAUUCGAUUCCAGGUUGUUUUUUUUGCAUUAUCUUUGUCAUUUUUUAAUUGCAUAGGCCUACAUUAACACCUUUCUGUCGAUUUGUCACCACCAACCAUGUGUUUGUAGGAGGCGUUGUCUCUGUAACCAGCAGCUUUGGCCAAUUUAACAGAGCUGCUUCAGCCCAA